UGUGAAUGACGCGCAAAAUGUGCGCCAAGUUGGAGUGAGCGCGCGGUAAAGGAGUUUUCAGAUGUUUUUAGCAUUGAUCGGUUCUGGAUGACGAUUUGUACCGUGUAAAUACAGCUUCGGUCCAAAAUGUAUUCUCCCCGCGGCACACCGGGAUCAGGUCGCAGACCGACGACACGGACCGGCGGGCGGAAGAGUCUGAGCGCGGUUCAGCCCGGACUGCUGUUCUCGCCACGCCGCUCCGUAGCCAGAUCAGCGUCCUCUCGAUUGCAGGGUCAUGCUGCUGUGGAUUCGUGUCAUUUUGACGUUCAGACCUUUGGAUCAUCUCUGCCCGUCAAAGUCAUGGAGGCGCUGACAAUGGCUGACGUGGAUGAUCCGAUCUCUGUGAAGGUUGAGGAGUCAGGUUGGGCGUGGAUGGUUUGUGGAGAGAGGCUGAUCGUAUGGAAGGUGGCUCAGACCUCAGUGGCGAAGCUGACGGUGUGUAAGGAUCUCCAGUUGCCGUCCAGUGAUUUUGCGUACAGUGCCGAUCUCAUCUCCAUAAAUUCUUCCAGCCCUUUGAAGACUGCACCAAUACAGUCCAUCUGUGCGUUGACUGUGUCUCCAGAUGGUUCAGCCCGGUUCUGGCCCAAUCUGGCCCAUGAGGGGGCGUACACUGACAUGUCUAUGGACCUCGGUGGAAACCUGUGCAACUACGUAGCAGCAGUGAAGGGUGGAAGUUUUAUCGUGUCGUCAUACCGCGGACAGCUCCUCCGGGUCAUUCCGGAUUCCUCCGGUAAACUAUACCAGAGGCCCGUCCAUCAGGGUCAGAGAAUCCUGUCAGGAAUCGGACGCAGAGUUUCCAGCCUGUUCGGCAUCCGCGGACCCCCGUCUGAACUCACCGUGUUCAGUGUGUUGUGGGUGAAAGAGUCCGGCUGGCUGUAUUCUCUCAGCUCGUGUGGGCUCAAUAAGUGGGAGGUGGACGAGAACAGCGAGCAGCAGGUUUUGAUCUGGAGCACCAAUCAGAUCAUCGAGGACGGCAUCGCCGAUGCCAUCUGGGACUCCGAAAGUAACUACUCGGAGAUCAAGAAAGGAGUAAAAGUCGCUUACUUGGACAUGCAGCUCAGCAAUGCAGGAUUGGUGGUGCUGGCAGCCGCAUGGCAUCCCGCCGACAUCCCAUGUCUGGCGUAUUUCUGCCUGGUCACCAUUGCAGAAACUACAGCCCCCAGCCCAGACCAGCUCACUGUGGAGGUUACCAAAUACAACCCGCCGUUCCAGAAUGAUGAGGAGCUCCAGAAGACUCGGUUGAUUCUGCCUCUGGCGUCCAGUCCUGCGGCGUACCUCUAUAAUGAGGAGCUGGUGUUCGCCUGCAGCACCGGAGCUGGACGCGGAGGUCCUCCAGAGGAGAAGAUUCCCUUCAGCUCUCCAGGUGACCUUAUCCGUGGUGCGGGGGUUUGCGAGGGUCUGCCUGUGUUUUUCUCUCAAAACAGUGGCCUUGUUGCCGUCAUCGCAAGAGAGAGUGCAUCCCUCCUACCUGAGAACAUGGAGGAAUCGCUCUCCACGUCAGUGGCAGGACCUGGACCUGAGGGUACUCCAUUAGAUACACCCCCUAAAAUUGAUAUGGUGGCCUAUGAUGACAAAACUAAACUGCUCAAACAAGCAUUCCUGCAGUUCUGUCGCCACGAUCUGAUUGGUGCUCAGAGUAUGGUGGACAAUCUUUUUACCAGCGAUGGUGAGGGAGGUGCUGAACUUGAUGGGGUUGUGACUCAGAUUGACCUUGACCUUGUGGAUGACUACCCUGCGUGUGACCCCCGCUGGGCCGAGUCUGUACCCGACGAGGGCGCUGGGUUCACGCUGACCUCCCUCAUCCUUCUGCAUCAGUUAGAAGAUAAGAUGAAAGCUCACCGAUGCCUCAUGGACUUCCUGCUUCAGACGGGUCUUCUAGACCGCCUCACAUCCACGACAGUGCGCUCGACUCCGAUGGCGACGCGACUCUUGCUGUGCGAGCACGCUGAGAAGCUUUCGGCUGCCAUUGUGCUGAAGAACCAUCACGCCAAGCAUUCAGAGCUGGUGAACGCUGCCAUCGUGUCGUCUCUGAAAAAAAACAACCAGGAAAUACCCGCCAACCUCACCCCUGCCGAUGUGUUCUUCAGAGAGGUGUCUGCGAUCUCUUCGAUCUUUGAGUGUUUGUUGGACGAGGAGGAAAAGGGUUUGAAAGAAAACCCAGAUGAAUCCGUGCGGUGGGCUGAAGUUGUGCUUAAUGUCAAUGACAUCAUCAAAGAUAUGCUUCAAGCUGCAGCACAGUACAGAGAGACCAAAGCAUCUCUAUAUAGAGCUCCAGAGAGCUGUUGCCCGGAGCCAGAGUACAUCCCAUGGACUGCCUCAGGUGGAGUGGGCGGAGCUCGGGCAGUGAUCAUACGGCAGCAUGAACUGAUCCUCCGAGCAGCGUAUCCUUACGCAGAUGCCGAACUGCGCAACUUGCUGAGCGAGCAGCUGGUGGUACUCUUGGACUCGCUACUGAGCGGUUACGUAGCUCAGCUGACGUCUCUCCGGCGUGCAGCACAGCAGGAACGCUACGAUGCUCUGGAGCACGAGUACACACAAAAACGCUCUGAGCUACUCGCACCUCUCUUGGAGUUGGGUCAACAUCAGUUGGUCGCGGCACUGGCAGAGAAAUAUUGCGAUUUUGACAUAUUAGUGCAGCUGUGCGAGCGAACGGACAACCAGAGUCGACUUCAGCACUACAUGGUCAAAUUUGCCGAUCAGAAUUUUGCUGACUUCCUAUUCCGCUGGUACAUGGAGAAAGGCAAGAGAGGGAAGCUUCUGUCUCAGCCAAUAGCAACUCACCAGCAGCUGUCCAGCUUUCUGCAGGCUCACGAUCACCUCAGCUGGCUGCAUGACAUACACAAGCAGGAUUAUCAGAGAGCUCAUCGCACGCUGUACGGUCAGGCCAACAUGGAGACCAGAUACUUCACUAAGAAGAAGACGCUGCUGGCCCUCAGUAAACUCACGGCUCUCUCUUCAGACAUGCCUGAAGCCGUGCAGCUCAGACAGCUCAACGAUAUAGUCGAGCAGGAGAGAUUUCUGCUUCAUCAGGAGACCCUACCUAAACAACUGCUGGAAGAGAAACAACUAAAUCCAGACACAAUCCCUCUGCUGAGCCCUCACAACCUCAUUAAUCUGUAUAUCUGUGAUGAGAACCGCGGAGCCAAUGAGUACGACUUCAAGAAAGCUCUUGAUCUGCUGGAAUACAUUGAGGAGAAGGAUACUGUUGAUAUUGAAGCCCUUAAGCGAGAGAUCCUCAGUAGGGCCUUGAAGAAAGAUUGGAAAGAUAGUUGGUCAUCGUCUGAUGAUGAUAAUGGUGACCCGUUGGAAGCAGCCAGAGACAGCACUUUUGUUAAGAUCCUGCAGAAACUCAUUCUGGAAGGUGUUUCUCUGCAGUCGUACCUGCCUGAUGUGAAGGAUCUUCUACAGCAAGAAGAACUGGAGUGUCUUAAAUCACAGCCGUACUUUGAGUUCCUCCUGAAAGCCAAUUAUGAGCACUAUACUAAAGCUCAGAUAUGACAUCACUUCCCGGUCCUUUGUUAAUAUAUGAUUUGUUUUUGUACCGUUUGACCAAAUCAUUCUGAUUAAAUGUUUGUUUUUCUCUAA